AUGGGCAUACACUGUGAUAGGAUCAAAUGUACAACAUGGACGGUCGAGGAGACUAGGAAUUCUAUGACAGUAGAUUCUUCAUAUCCUACUGAUGACGAUGAUGUUACUCAGAAUUCCGAUGGUGUCUACAUGAGGAAGGGGAUGGGGUCUACCAUGGGACAUAUGACAACGACGAUGACGACUGUCAUAGCGUGGGAGCAUCUAGGGAUGGGUAUGGGAUCCGAACCCGAAGGGCAACAGCAGGGUGAUGAAACUCCAAUGGUGUGGGAAAUGCUUCUAUAUUUUUACAUACUCUACUCACCAGACUGGCACUAUCGGAGUACAAUGCCUACUUUUCUGUUCUUUUAUGGGGUUGGAUUUGCAGUAGUCCAUGCUCUCUUACGUUUCGGAAUUGGCUUCAAGGUGCAUUAUGUCAUUCUUUGCCUUCUCUGCAUCCCUCGAAUGUACAAAUACUACAUCUACACGAAAGAUGCCGCUGCAAAACGACUUGCAAGGUUAUAUAUUGCAACUUUGCUCCUGGGAAGUAUAUGUGGUCUUUCAGACCGGGUAUUCUGCAAGCAUAUAUCUCAAUGGUACUUCAACCCUCAGGGUCAUGCACUUUGGCAUGUCUUCAUGGGCUUCAAUUCGUAUUUUGCCAACACAUUCCUGAUGUUUUGCCGCGCACGGCAGCGAGAGUGGGAUCCGAAAAUCGUCCACUUCUUGGGUGUUCUCCCUUAUGUCAAAAUUCAAAAACCAAAGAGCCAAUGAAAAUGUUUGCUUGCUGCACAAUCCAAAUUCUUUUUUACCCAGAAAAGAUGAAUGGAAGAAAGUUGUUUUGUGAUUUGUCCCAUAUUUUAACAUUCAUAUUCUCUCUUAUUAGCUUGAAUGACUUUCAUGGAUUUGAACACUUAGUUUUACAGAAAUUAGUUUGAUGUAUUUGUGAGUGAUAGAAAUAGGGCAAAAAUUUUGGUUUUU